AUGAUGAGGAAGCCUGAUCCAUCGAUGAAGAGCCGUGACAACAGUAACGGCGCUACUAAUAACCAUAAGAAAGGGUUAUGGUCGCCGGAGGAAGACGAGAAGCUCGUCAACUAUAUGUUAACCAAUGGCCAGGGUUGUUGGAGUGAAGUGGCUAGAAAUGCUGGCCUGCAGAGGUGUGGCAAGAGCUGCCGACUCCGUUGGAUCAAUUAUCUCCGACCUGAUCUCAAACGGGGUGCGUUUUCGCCUCAAGAGGAAGAGCUCAUCGUCCAUUUACACUCCAUUCUUGGUAACAGGUGGUCUCAAAUAUCGGCUCGUCUUCCUGGUCGUACCGACAAUGAGAUAAAGAAUUUUUUGAAUUCAACGAUAAAGAAAAGGAUGAAGCAUCUGUCAUCUACCGCCUCGUUCAACGCCAGUGAUUUGGCGGCGUCAGAGCAUAACAAGGAUGUCAUGGUAGGGACGGGGUUCAUGUCGAUGCUUGUUGAACGAGAGAUUUCCCCGAUGUACAAGGAUUUAUCAUCGAAUUCUUUCUUUCAAUCCAUGGUCCCGAACCACACUGAAAAUCCUUUACUGAUGCUUGAGCAUGGUCGGAAUGAGUUCGGGGCAGCUGCCGGAUACUUCGAUCCGACAGGCUCGGGUUUCUCCGAUGAUAAUGAGAUAUUUGCAAGUGUUGACAAUGGGAGAAAAAGGGAACUAUAUGAUCCUCUAUUAGAAAACUUUGGAGAUGACCUUAAAAGCACUAAAAAUACAAUUCACAGGAACAUCAACGUCAGAAACAAUAACAAUAAUAACAUGUCGGAAAACAUGAACAACGCCGAUGUCGGGAGCUUUUGGAUAGGAGAGGAACUAAAAGUUGGAGAAUGGGACUUGGAGAAUUUGAUGAAUGAUGUUUCUCCCUUUCCUUUCCCUGAUUUCCAGAGCUCCAUAUAAUUCAUUAUAAUAUAAUGUAUGUAUUUGAGCAGAUUGUAGAAAGGAACAUCUCAAGGAAUAUUAUUGAGAUU